AUGAGACAAUAAAACGCUCAUUCAUCCUGUCGUCUCAUAUAUUUCGCACUUAUAACGAAACGUAUCUAUUAUUUAAAGAAGAAGAAAGAGCAAAACGCGAAAAGCGCAAUUUUUAAAUAACUUUAAAAGCAGAUUUUUAAGUUAUACUCGGAUUCCAACGGAGAAUUCCAAAGGGGAAAAGAAAAAACUCGCGAAAACGAGAAGAGUGCAGCAGGUGCAAUUAGGAAUAAAGAUCGAUUUACAUCGUAAAAAUGGCAAUAAAAUGGCACCGUAAUAAUGACUAUGUUCCGUACAUAUGUAUGCGCUCAUUUUCGAUAGUUACGUGACAUAAAUUAUAGAGAAGUAUGCGUAUUAUAGAACGCAAUUCCAAAAUCUAAAAUAUGAUUAACUUGUUUAGGAAUUUAUUGGAAACUGUUGUUUUCAGCAAUUUUAAAUAAGUCAUCUCCAGUAGUCGUCGGUGCGCUAUUCGAGGUAACACGGAGUGUACACAGACUGAACGUUGCGUGAAGUGUAUCGCAGUGCAAGCGCGCAAAUGUCAGAAGACCCGUGGUGGAAGAAGGCGAGAACGUAGGAAUGCGACCGGACGCAGUCCGGCAAUUUGAAUUAUUUUCGCAGCUGUGAGGAAACUGUUUAGCGGAAACGCCGAGGUCGUCGCGAAUUGUGCACAAUGGAGGGCCAGCAGGUAAGAGCGCUGUACGACUUCACUGGUGAACCAGGAACAGCGGAAUUGUCCAUUAUUGCCGGCGAGCUUCUGACAGUCAUGCGAGACAACGUAGGGGACGGCUGGUGCGAGGGAUUUAAUCAGACUGGCCAGUCUGGCUUGUUUCCAGCUGCAUAUGUUCAAGUGGUUGAGCAGGCUGCACCUCUUUCCAAUGCUAUGACAUCAUCCCAACAGAGUUCUGGUGAUUAUUGGGAUGAUGAUUGGGAUGAUGAUUCUGAGGUUGGCCAAACUCAGGCAUACGUGCCGCCUACGCAGCAACAGCAUGUUGCACAGACGCCACAGCAGAACAAUGCCGACCACUUGUGUAAUUUUGGGUCCAUGCCUACUAUACAUUCUGUGAUACCUGAGAGACCUAUACCCAAUGUACCAAAGAAAAACAAUAAGUUUUCUACACUCAUCAAAUCGGGAGAGGAUAGCUUCCUGAUGAGCGUCAGAACAGUAAAUGUGCCUGAGAGCGAGAGGGUCUAUAUAGAGGAGGCCGAUAACGGCCGAUGCACGUGGGUGCCGACCGGGGAGUCAUACAGCUGCGUUGUCACGUCACCUAAGAAAGAGUCCAAGCUGAAGGGUCUUAAAAGCUUCAUUGUCUAUCAAUUAACUCCUACGUUUAAUAAUAUACAAGUCUCAAGGAGGUACAAACAUUUUGAUUGGCUUCACGAGCGUUUAGAAGAGAAGUAUUGCUUUAUCCCGAUUCCGCCUCUGCCAGACAAGCAGAUAUCAGGUCGCUAUGAGGAACAGUUCAUCGAGCACCGGCGUACGCAACUGCAGGAGUUUGUCGACUACGUGUGUCGGCAUCCAGUAUUGUCGCGUAGUCGUGUGUGGGAGCAUUUCAUGACCUGCACGGACGAGAAGCGAUGGAAGGCAGGAAAACGGCAAGCAGAGAAGGACGAGCUGCUGGGCGUAAAUUACUUCAACGCCAUUCAGUGCCCGGACACAUCGUUGGACGCCAUAAAGAUGGAGAUUCAGACAGAUACAUUUGGCAGAUUCAUUAGUGGCUUGGACCCCGCGGUGAAGAACUUUAUGGCCAUGGCGGUAGACCAGGCGAAGAAGCAUCAAGUGUUAUACAGAAGAGAAUUCCAAAAAAUCAGCCAGUCGUUCACGUCGCUCGGCCACGCGUUGGAGGCGGAUGACAACAGUCGUGGCAGGCUGACGCGAGCAUUGAAGGCCACCGGGGAUGCUUACAACGACAUCGGAAAGCUUUACGAGGAUCAACCGAAGUUCGAUUGGGAGCCGUUGGCCGAUAAGUUCCAUAUUUAUCGCGGUAUUAUUAGCAAUUUCCCUGACGUCAUUAGCAUCCAUAAGAGCGCUGUGCAAAAGCGAAAAGACUGCGAGCGUCUGGUCAGUGAGCACAAGAUGGAGCCGCAGCAAUUACGCGAACUCUCUCAUCGGACUGACGUGAUAGCACGCGCGUUGGUUGCUGAGGAAACGCACUUUCAGACAGAGCGCGAAGUGCACAUCAACAAAGCCAUAAAGACGCACCUCACGGAACAGAUCGCUUUCUACCAGAAGAUAGUCGACAAAUUGCAAGAGGCAUUGAGUGUGUUCGAUGAAUGAGACUCGUAUUAUUGCAAUUCCGCUUGAGCAAUAUCCGAUCGGGAAGAUCAACCAACGCUAACGAGAAACUAUAACUAGUGCAUACAAUUAUGAACGACAGAUGUACCAAAUGCGCAUAUUUUCCGUGAAAUUUGUACAUAUAUAUAGAUAUCCUUUAUACAUACACUCAUGUAUGUAUCAGAGAACAGUUGAAGCUGAAGCAAUUGAGCAAAAUCGACGCUAUGUAAAUAACAUGCUUAAUCAUUAAUCUUGUCAAAUAAUAUCUACACAACGUAAGGCAGUCACACGUAUUGCGUUUUUGUCGUUACAUCACACACCGUCGAGUUUUGCGAAACGAUGAAGUGUUCAUGUGCGCAAAGAUCGACAUAUAUAGUUGGAAUUGAUAUAUAAUUAUACAAUGAUCAUUGAAGUGUUUUUAAGGAAUUGUAAUAUAUUUUGCCUUGAUGUUAUUGUUAAUCUAUCUUGAAAUUUUUUCGACCACUUAUGUAAUUUGUUUAGUGUAAAGAUCUUUUUCCUCGUAACUUCGGUCCGAUGUUCUUCCGACGAAUCGUAGUAAAUGAGCAUUAUAUCGCAUCGUGAUAUCAUGUAUAUAUGAACUUGUAUUUUCCACACGAACGGUAUACUCAAAUUCAUUAUGAAUAUUGCAAGAGAUAUUUUUAAUCACAGAAUUAUUUGUACCUCUGUUUGACGUUAAAAAUUGAUAAUCAUGUGUUCUCUUUAUCAUUUCUACAUCACUUUAUACAAGAGAGAAAUAAUUGAUUAUGGCAUGUGUCGAGAUUUCUUUAGAAACAUUUGUAUCGGUGACGCAUUUUUGUGAAAUUGUUACAUUCGAAAUUCGGAAUGUCUAAUAACUUUUGGGUAAGAAAAUAUAGCUCAUAUUUCUAGACAAUGUAAUCAAAAUUUAUAAUGCGAAUGUAAUCGCAUGAGCUUGUGCUAUAGUUAGAAGCUUCGAAAUGUGAGACGGAAAAAUCAGAACUGUUUGUUGACGAGCAGCAAAUGUAGAGUAUUAUGAGUGUAUUAUCUGCUUUGUAAGAUUUUCAUUUUAUCCGUCAAGCUUAAUGUCGAUUAUUUUUCUUCGCGGAACGAACGUACAUUAGUCAUUCAACGACCAAGUGAGAGAACAAAGUUGUUUAACGUGUGAACAAAGAGGAAAAAAAUAAACUAUACGCGCGUAAUAUGUUCUUGCGAGGUAUUCUAAAGGCAGCCAGUAAUACGCAUGCAUCUCGUAAAAUGUAUUAUUGUAAUCGUGAUACGAGUCUACUAUACAUUUUUAUAUGUAAGAUGAUAGAACGCGUAACGAUGAACAAUAACAAAAUGUAAGACACGCUACAUUCUUGUUAUCGCAUUUAAAUAAAUUGUACAAAUAACAGAGCUUAUAUACAUUAAGAGGAACAUAGACACAUACCAGUUUUUAUAAACCGUAUUAGCGAGAGAACACGAUCUUCUUUUCUUCUAGAAAGGAGUUCCAAUAAACGGCUACUGAGUCAAGAAUUAAA